AGGCUGCACGUCACGCACGCACCCGAGAUAUAGACACGUCCACAUGCGUUUGUAAUAUCCGGGUUUGAAGGAGGGAGUGUCUCAGAUUCCCAACAGAAACACGCUGGAAAGAUCAGCGAGAGAAACGUGCUCCUCAGAACAUGGCAUCGGUCAGAGGGAAGCGGAAGCGCAGCGCGAUCAGCUCCUCCGUCAGGAUUUAGAUCGGGAUCCGCGAUGGAGAAGCCGCUCGUCCCCGCGGAGAGGAGGCUGCCGGCUCGGACGGGCUCGGGAUCGGCCUCGCUCGGGCUCGGCGCGUCUCUGCAGCCCGGACGCGCGCGCAGGAUCGAGGGAGUGCUCAGCAAAUACACCAACCUCAUCCAGGGCUGGCAGAACAGGUAUUUCGUGUUGGACCCUAAUGUGGGUCAGCUGCAGUAUUUUGUGAGCGAGCAUGGACGGAGUCAGAAGCCCCGCGGAUCCCUGCCUCUGAUUGGUGCGUCUGUGAUGUCGAGCGAUGAGGCGCCUCACAUGUUCAUCGUCAGCUCAGCCAAUGGGGAGCUCUUCAAACUCAGAGCGGUGGACGCCACAGAACAGCAGCUUUGGAUGACACAGCUACAGGCCUGUACCAGACGCCACUCUGACAGUAGUGCCAAGAUGAGGAAGCUGAAGGAUUGGGAUGAGCCUCUGUGUGUGGAACAAACUCAGAACACCCCGGAUGCACAGGGUUCAUCCGGCCGGAUGCGAAGUGUCUCUCUACUUCCUCACCUUCCUCCGUCUUCCUCUCCUGUAUCUCAAAGACAUGUGUCUCUCCACGGGCCUCCGUGCAACAUCGUUACCAUCACGCACCAUAAGUCACCUGCAGCUGCCGGCUGUGCCAAAAAACAUUACCCAGAGCGCCUUCUGGAGGUCAAAGAGGUUAUGAACCAGGUGGAGGGGCAGCAGAAGAGUCUGAUCCAGUCCAUCGAGUCUCUGCCGAUGCACGGAUCCCUGUCCUGUCUGGAUCAGGACCUGCUGCUGCUGAAAGCCACCUCUGCUGCCACCCUGAGCUGCCUCGGCGAGUGCCUGACUAUAUUACAGCAGAGCGCCGGACACAACCAUGGGCCGCCCUCUGAUAGUGUUCCCGUGUGGACCGUCCCAAGGUCUCCCUCAGGAGAACGUCUAACCCUGAGCUCCACGGAGCCCUCGCCCACCCUCACGAAAACAACCCUGCUGCAGGACACUGAGCUGCAGGAUGGGACGGAGGUGAUAUCUCCUGAGGAGGAGGUGAUGGAUUCGGAUGAUAACACUGAAGAAGAUCUGGGUGUGUUGGACGACCAGAGGAGCGUCAUUCUGCAUCUGCUGUCUCAGCUCAAACUGGGCAUGGAUCUCACACGCGUUGUUCUUCCCACCUUCAUCCUGGAGAAGCGCUCACUGCUGGAGAUGUAUGCUAACUUCAUGGCGCACCCAGACCUGUUCCUGUCCAUCUCCGCCGGAAGCACCCCGGAGGAGCGUAUGGUGCGUUUCGUCGAAUAUUACAUGACCGCCUUCCAUGAAGGACGUAAGGGUGCCGUCGCCAAGAAGCCCUACAACCCGGUGUUGGGCGAGACCUUCCACUGCUCAUGGGAGGUUCCACCAGAUCACAUCCGCCCUCUGAGGACUGAGACCAGCUCCAGGACCAAUCAGGAGGCAGCAGGGGCGGAGUCAGACUCUUACAGGGUGCGUUUUGUGGCAGAGCAGGUUUCCCAUCAUCCUCCGGUGUCAGGGUUUUACUGCGAGUGUGCGGAGAGGGGCAUGUGCGUCAACGCACACAUCUGGACUAAGAGCAAGUUCAUGGGCAUGUCGGUGGGCGUCUCUAUGGUGGGAGAAGGUGUGUUGUACCUGCGAGAUCAUGGAGAGGAGUACGUGUUCACUUUCCCGAGUGCGUACGCUCGAUCCAUCCUCACCGUGCCGUGGGUGGAGCUCGGGGGAAAGGUCACCAUCAGCUGCGCCAAGACCGGAUACUCGGCCAACGUCUCAUUCCACACCAAACCCUUCUACGGGGGCAAACUUCACAGGGUCAGCGCAGAGGUGAAGCAGAUCUCCAGCGGGAUGGUGGUGUGUAAAGCUCAGGGCGAGUGGAACGGGACGCUUGAGUUCAUCUACAGCGGAGGAGAGACCAAAGUCAUCGACACCAACAAACUCCCCGUCAUCAGGAAGAUGAUUCGCCCUGUGGAGAAACAGGGCCAGAGCGAGUCCAGGCAUCUCUGGCAGCAUGUGACUGCGGCGCUGAAGGAAGGGAAUGUAGAUCUGGCCACUGAACACAAGCAUGUGUUAGAAGAAGACCAGCGAUCAGACGAGAGACAGAGAGCCGCCAACAACAUGCCCUGGAAACCCAAACACUUUAACAAAGAGGGUGACGGAUGGGUCUACAGAAACCCCUUAUGGAAAACACGUGGAAGAAAGGAAGUCGAAUACAGGGACUGAAAACAAACAGCAGAAAUCAAAGCCGGGAGAAUAAUGAUGCAUUAUAAUGCAGCACACUGUAGGCUGCACAGAAAACAAUGUGUAUAUAUGAGAACAUGGACACACAGAAUAGACCUUUUAUACACUGUUUAAGUGAUACAUUAUUUUUCACGAUUAUCUAGCCAAGCCUUUGUGAAUAUGCACAUGUACACAGUAUUUAAGUCAUCUGCCAUCAGAUGAUGUGUUAACAGAGUAAGAGAGUUACGGAUUUAACAUCCAACAUGCAUUUAAUAAUGUGAACAAGACACUCAGAGACAAGUUUUAAACGGUCAAUAUUUCAGCUCAUAUUUCACCCCAAAAUAAAAAAUAAAAUACAUAACACACAUAUAAUAUUUAAAUUAUAUCAUAUAAUAAAUAAUAACAUUAUAUAAUACUUAAUAUAUUAUGUUUUUUUGCACUUCAAUUUUUAUUACUGUAAUGCAGCCUAGUAUUUUUAUUCCAUUACAAAAACAAAUGUCAAAUAAUAGUUUUUAUUCAAAUCAUACUAACUUAAACGUCGUACAACAAACGCAAUCACAAUGUAGAAAUACUUAAUAGUAUAAAUCUCGGUGGUCCUAAAAUAGGCAUCGGUUUCUUAUUUUUAUAGUUAAGAUAAAUAAAACAGUAUUUUGCAGUGAAAUAUGACCCUCACGUGUUUUCUCAGAUUUCUCCAGAUGACUGAUAACUGUGAUGUGAUGUUUGAGAUGAAACGGCAGACAUUAAAGUGAUGAAAACGGUUGUUUUCACUGAUCAUGUGAGCUGACGAUGGUUUAGAGCUGAGCUCAGUCCUGUGGAAAGUAAGGUGGAUAUGAUAUGUUACUUAAGGAAGCUUGUAUCCACCAUGGAUUAAAAACGGUAAAUAAAAGGUAGCGUAAUUGCACUUGGAAGCCCUGAACCACAACGUGAUAUCAGUAAAACAAAGAAUAAAAAAAAAAUAAAAUCAAUGUGGGGGAAAAAAAGAAAGUGUAAAAUAGUGUAUUACACCCUUCUUCAAAGUUUUUCACUAUGCAAAAAAAAAAGAAGAAAAACUUUUUUUCAUUCGAACAUUUUCUCUUCAAAAAACGUUUCACUAACUUUUUUCUUAUUUUUUUCUUCUCAAUCCGUCAGUAAAAGCCCUGCUAUUGAAUAUGCAAGACUUUUGGGAAAUGAUUUCAAGCAUAACAAAGUGCAUUAAACACUCAAACAAACCAGUGUUUAUGAUUAUGAUAACGCAUUAAAAUAUCAUGAUCAGAAAUAACAGAUUGCAAUAUCAAGCAGCAUAAUGGACUGUUUUUGUAAAUGACACCAGACGUCUUGGACGCUGUUUUUUUUUUUUUUUUUUUUACCAAAUUCUGGUCAUUUUUAUUGUGGUCUUUAUGUGCCAAAGAAAAACAUAAAUGAGAACAGCAAGAUGACGUUUUACAAGAGGAUAUGCACAAUCUGUUCAGUGUUCGCUGUCAAGCAUGCCAUCUUUAAGACAUCCAUUCACAGCCUCAUUUCUACAGGAUACAAAAGAAUACAAACAGAGAUAGAAGCAUUUAUAAAGAAAUAAAAGGAAUCAGUACAGAGUUAUAGACUAUAAAAAUCCAGCCAGAGUUGAAGUCUGAGGACUGAAGCAGCAUCAGAUCAGUGACGGCGAGAUCAGAUCUCCAUCUGUUUGUGCAUACAAAACUCUACUAUAAAAUCUCAGUUAUACAUCACAUGGAAAACAUUCUUGUACAAUUAUCACAAAAAGAAAAUCAAUUCACAGUUACAGGAAAAAGUCCCGAUAAUUACUGCAUCGAUUUAUUGCAUACUAAAAUGAAACAAAACACAUUCACAAAGAAAUAUCAGUAUUUGAUUGCAUAUAAAAUGUCCAUUUAUUUGGAUUACAUAGUAUUAACAAAAACGAAUCAACUUAAUGUGAUGCAUAUUUAAUGUCAGUCAUAAUAAAUGAAACCGGUCAAGAUUUCUGUAAUCGUACUAAUGAACUGAAUGUGUUUUAAUUACACAAUGCCAGGUUUAUAUAAUUAUCAGAAGCCAAUCUGAUUUGUUUGAACUAAUUGAAUAUUGUUUCAUAUUUGAGCCAUACGCAUUUUGUUUUUAAAUAAAUUAAAUUGUUUUUACAA